UUAAAUUUUACUCAGAAAGCCUGGGACAUAGAAAACAGGAAACUGGUCAAAGGCUCCUGCAUGUUAGAGCCUUUUACAGACUCACUGCGUUGAGUCUAACAACCGCGACUGAAUGCAGCCUCCAAUGUGCUCAGAAGAAUGGGCUUACAUUUCAAGUGGCCAUUAGGGGCCCCUAUGCUGGCAGCAAUAUAUGCAAUGAGUAUGGUUUUAAAAAUGCUGCCUGCCUUGGGAAUGGCGUGUCCACCUAAAUGCCGCUGCGAGAAGCAGCUCUUCUACUGCGACUCUCAGGGCUUCCACUCCGUGCCAAACGCCACAGACAAGGGCUCUCUGGGCCUUUCCCUGAGGCACAAUCACAUCACAGAGCUUGAAAGGGAUCAAUUUGCCAGCUUCAGUCAACUUACCUGGCUCCACUUAGAUCACAAUCAAAUUUCAACAGUAAAAGAAGAUGCUUUUCAAGGACUAUAUAAACUUAAGGAAUUAAUCUUAAGCUCCAACAAAAUAUUUUACUUGCCAAAUACAACUUUUACCCAACUGAUUAAUCUGCAAAAUUUGGACCUGUCUUUUAAUCAGCUGUCAUCUCUGCACCCAGAGCUCUUCUACGGCCUUCGGAAGCUGCAGACCUUGCAUUUACGGUCCAACUCCCUGCGGACCAUCCCAGUGCGCCUGUUCUGGGACUGCCGUAGUCUGGAGUUUCUAGAUUUGAGCACAAACCGUUUGCGAAGUUUGGCUCGAAAUGGAUUUGCGGGAUUAAUCAAACUGAGAGAGCUUCACCUAGAGCACAACCAGCUGACGAAGAUUAAUUUUGCUCAUUUCCUACGUCUAAGUAGUCUGCACACACUCUUCUUACAAUGGAACAAAAUCAGCAACUUGACAUGUGGGAUGGAAUGGACCUGGGGCACUUUAGAAAAACUAGACCUGACUGGAAAUGAAAUCAAAGCCAUCGAUCUGACAGUGUUUGAAAUAAUGCCUAAUCUUAAAAUACUCCUAAUGGAUAACAACAAGUUAAACAGCCUGGAUUCCAAGAUCUUAAAUUCCCUGAGAUCCCUCACAACUGUUGGCCUCUCUGGCAAUCUGUGGGAAUGCAGCCCUAGAAUAUGUGCUUUGGCCUCCUGGCUGGGCAAUUUCCAAGGUCGGUGGGAGCAUUCCAUCUUAUGCCACAGUCCUGACCACACCCAAGGAGAGGAUAUACUAGAUGCAGUCCAUGGAUUUCAGCUCUGCUGGAAUUUAUCAACCACUGUCAUCACAGCCAUGGCUACAACUUAUAGAGAUCCAACCACUGAAUAUACAAAAAGAAUAAGCUCAUCAAGUUACUAUGUGGGAGACAAAGAAAUCCCAACUACUGCAGGCACAGCAGUUACUACUGAGGAACACUUUCCCGAACCAGACAAUGCCAUCUUCACUCAGCGGGUAAUUACAGGAACAAUGGCUUUAUUGUUUUCUUUCUUUUUUAUUAUUUUCAUAGUGUUCAUCUCCAGGAAGUGCUGCCCUCCCACUUUAAGAAGAAUUAGACAGUGCUCAAUGAUUCAGAACCACAGGCAGCUCCGAUCCCAAACACGACUCCAUAUGUCAAACAUGUCAGACCAAGGACCGUAUAAUGAAUAUGAACCCACCCAUGAAGGACCCUUCAUCAUCAUUAAUGGUUAUGGACAGUGCAAGUGUCAGCAACUGCCAUACAAAGAAUGUGAAGUAUAAUAUCUACCUAUCAUCAAAAAUUACAUCAGAUAAGUAACCUAUUUUACAUAGUAGGGGCUAAAUAUCUAAUUUUUAACAAUGGUGACAUUAAGCCUAAUUUUCAAAACCAAGUGGAGACUUAAGUUUUUGAAGUGAAGUGUUUUUAAUUUUUUUUUUAAUGAAACCAUAUUUUAAGUGUUAAAUGAAGCAAUGCUCACAUU